CUGAUCUCUCCCAGCUGUGUCUCCCUCCUGUUGCCGAUUCCCCCGUUACUACCCUGUGUAUAUAAGCCCUGUGUUUUCCCAUGCUCAGUGUCGCGUCGUACAAUCAGAUCAUGCCUGUGUGUCCUUGGUCUCAGUGUUCCAUCAUCACUUCAUGUUUGUUUUCCUGCCAGCAAUAAAGCUGAGGUUUUUUGAGUUUCAAUUCCGUGUUCGAGUCCUGCAUUUGGAUCCUCAUCUUUGCCUGCCCGCACACAGAGCCCUGACAGAACGACGCGACCAGUAAUGGAUCCAGCAGACUCCGUAUGGUAUCGGCGACCCGCAGUCUCCACCUUCCUCAAGGAGAGGGAGAGGCAGGGGGCUAGGUGUGCCUGGGAGCACGAGUCACCAUUCGAUGGGUCUCGUUUGGCUCUGGGUGGGCCCCGCAGCUUCCAAACUGCGAUGGCUACCGCCGUUCCAUCAGCUGUUCCGUCAGGGAUGCGAGGGGCCAAGCGCUCUCCCUCGACGGCAGUAGCUCCUCCGUUUUCUGGUGUCACUCCACCGCUGCUCUCAGAAUUCAGGCCCUGCAGGAGGGGCAAGCAGCGACGAAAGAAGGAUUAUGUGGUGGAAGACACUGGGCUUACUCCACUGCAAUCCUUUGCUUUGUUUUUGGGACUUCCACGUUCGGAGCUACACAAACUUCCCGCCUCUUCGUCCCAGCCCGGCCCACCGAAAGACUUUCGGCCCGGUCUGCAGGAGGAUUCGCAGUCUGGCUUAUCUCCCUCUUCCCAGAGUGAGCGACGCUCACGCAGCCGUCGCUCCGCUUCCUCUGGACAGUCAGCAGUGGUGAGCAACAAAGACUGUCUAUCUCAUGCACCUCCUGAACUCAUGAACAUAACAAACAA